AGAGAAGAACGGUUUUAAUAACGACUUGACCCCUCGUGAUGAAUGGUCCAACCAACCUGACUAGCUAGGCCUCCUUUCUUGAUCAUCGACAAACAAAGAAUCACACAUCACCAUGGCAGCUCAAGUAGAAGCGCUUUCUGCACCAGCACAGAUAUUCGAAAAUGCUCCUCCAUUUCCAGAUGACGUUCCCACAGCGCCUCUUCUUCGACUCUCGCUAGCCAAACUGCUCGAUCGAGAUGCCGACGAGGUCAAUCGUUUCGUCCGCGCUUGCGAAGAUCUCGGAUUCUUCUAUUUGGACCUUUCUGGACCAGGAGAUUCGUUGUUGGCCGAUGCCGAUGCCCUGUUCGAUGUUGGAGCGAGGCUGUACGACCUUCCGCUCGAAGAAAAGAAGAAAUAUGACUUUAUGCACAAGAAGUCGUAUUUCGGAUACAAGGGAUACGGCGCCAAUGUGGUUGACAGAGCCGGGAACCUAGAUCGCAACGAGUUUUAUAAUGUAUCCAAAGAUGACAUCCUCGGAAUAUCCGAUCCAUGGCCUGCACCAAACGUACUCGACUCGCAGAGGCCGCUUUUGAAAUCCUUCAUAACAUCCUCACAUGGUAUUGUGCAGCUCGUCCUUGAGCUACUGAACGAACACCUCCGACUCCCACCCAACACUCUGCAGGAUAUGCAUCGAAUUGAAGAUCGGUCAGGAGAUCAAGUACGCUUUGUCAAAGCCCCACCACAGCCACCAGACGACAAAAAGACUGCAUUGGGCGAACAUACCGACUUUGGCAGUGUGACUGUGUUGUUCAAUCGACUAGGUGGACUCCAAGUACUCCCUCCAGGUCGAGACGCCGAGUGGUGUUAUGUGAAACCUUUACCAAAUCAUGCCAUUAUCAAUCUGGGGGAUGCCAUGGUCAAGUUCACCAAUGGACUCUUGAGGUCGAAUAUUCACCGUGUCGUCUCUCCACCUGGUGAGCAGGCUGAGCAUACUCGUUACUCACUGGUUUAUUUCAAUCGCCCAGCAGACGAUGUGAUGCUGAAGCGACUGGAUAGUAGCGAGAUGAUUCCUCCUCUUGAAAAGGACGAGGUUGAGGAGGAAAUCAACAGCAAAGAUUGGAUUAUUCGCCGGGCAUUGGGUCAUCGAAUUGCCAUCCAAGGAGACAGCGCUUUCGACUUUGACAAGAUCCGUGGUACUGAGGCCAAGAGUCAGCGAGCAUAUCUGUAAAUGCUGGAAUAUAGUUUGAUGACGGAUAUGACUCUUCAGGACAACUUAUUGACAAUACAUAGGGUUGAAUCGUUGGAAAAUUG